AUGUCUUCCACGGCGACGACCACGAAGGCUCCAGCUCUAGACACAAAUUCAGAUGCCACCACCGUGGAUACUCGACCAUCUCUCCCACGUCGGUCAUCGUCCCUGCAUAAAAUGGUUAUUGCAAAACUCCGACCUCUCCCGUUCCAAUACCUUUGGUCGGUUUGGCACUCCAAACCCGGUGACCGGAAUGAGUACUUGUUGACAAUGCUUGUGGACCAUGUGGCGGAUAUCGGAGCAUUUUACCGUAUUUUUAACAAUGUGCCAUGGAACGGAGUCAAACAAAGAGACAGUAUUCAUAUCUUUCGGUCUGGAGUGAAGCCACUUUGGGAAGACCCAGAAAAUCGGCAAGGUGGACGUUGGCUCAUUCGAGUACGUCCCGAAUACGGUCGAGACGUAAGAGUAUGGGAAGAGAUCUGCCUGUUGUGUUGCGGCGGAGAGUUGCAAGCAGCUAUUGCCCAAGAACGAGAUCAUGUUCUAGGCAUGUCGUUUUCACCUAGAUUGUAUUUCACCCAUAUUUCCAUAUGGACAAAGAAAGGGGAUAACUUGCGGAGUAUCAUGUUGUUGGAGCGCGCCAUUCUGGGAGGAUUGUCGCCAGAUCUGAGGCCGAAGUCGAACAUUGAAUUCAACUAUAGAAAACAUUCAGAGAAGAUUGGUUUCAACCUUCAAAGUCGACAGAAUCAGCUGCCGCUCAUACCUUCAACUGGAUUGAUGAAUCGACCAAUGACUGUACGAGCAUUGACAGCAAGCUGA